AGCCUUACAACACUUCUCAGUCUUCACUUGGUAUGUUUUGCACUCCCAUUCUAUAUCCUGGCGCGCAUGUAAUCAUGGUGCGAAAGCCAGCCAAUGAGCCUCGGCUGACUUUGGAUGUUCCUUGCUCUACUUGGAUCUAUCGCUUCGAACCCCUCUUACAAUAUUGCCAUUUUUUUCUUUGGUAUCUGGGCAUACCAUAACCGUGACUCAAAUGCUCCGAUAAAGACUUUUACCGCUGCAUUGGCCUUCAGUGUUAUCAUCGAUAUUGUGUGGUUUAGCUUGCACGGCCAUAACCCUCUGGAUGAGAGAGGCUUUGGAUUUGCCUUGGCGAUGAAUAUCAUCUCUUUGAUUGGAAAGCCAGUUACUUUGUUCGCUUGUGUUGGCGCUCUUCAGAGCAGAGGUGAUAGCUUGAGCGUUGGCGCUUGGUCGGAAGCUCCUGGUGCCUUCCCUGGUAGCUAUGAGAGAGUUAGAGAACCAGAUAAUGAAGAUUUUGCAUAGAUUAGCCGAACCGCCAGCAUUUCUAUCAUACGCAUAUUCUCAAACCCUGUACACCAAAAAUGUUGACUUCGUGUCGUUUCAUCUUUGUGUUAUACUGUAAUAC